AGGUCGCUGAACGCCGCUGGCGAGCGCGCCCCGGGAGCCAUGAGGUGAAGGGGGCGUGUCCCCCCCGCCGCGCGCCGAACCGCCCCCUCAGGCCGGCAGCCAUUUUGAGGAGCGCUGCAGCGCGCGGGCGGCGCGCGGCGCCCUCUGGCGGCUCCCCGCCCGCAGAUCGGCCCGCGCGGGCGCUGGCCGGCCAUGAAGUCCGUUUUCGUCACGGUGGGCACUACCAGCUUCGACGACCUGAUCGCCACCAUCUGCUCCCCGGCGGCCCUGCAGGUGCUGCAGAGCCGCGGCUACGAGAAGCUGGUGCUGCAGGUCGGGCGCGGCGCGCUGCCGCCGGCGCUGAGCGGCACGGCCCUGGCAGUGGAAGCCUUCCGCUACAAGGAGUCGCUGGCUGAGGACCUGGGGAGGGCCGACCUGGUCGUCAGCCACGCAGGUGCAGGUAGCUGUCUGGAGGCUCUAGGAAAAGAAAAACCACUCGUAGUAGUAAUAAACGAAAAGCUGAUGAACAACCAUCAGCUUGAACUGGCAAAACAGCUCCACAGAGAUGGGCAUGUCUUCUGCUGUAAUUGCAGCACUCUUGUGGAGACACUACAGUCAAUGGACUUGUCAACUUUGAAACCUUUUCCUCCUGGACAGCCAGAAAAGUUUGCUUUGUUCUUGGAUAAAGUUGUUGGAUUUCAACGGCGCUCCGGCGCGGCGCGGGCAGCCCCCACAGCCGGGGCGCGGGGCGGUGCGGGGGCUCCCGGCGGGCACCCCGAGGUGGCUGCGGGCGGCCCCCCGAGCGGCGCGCACCGGCCGGCCGAGGGCAGCGGGGGCCCUGGCGCAGGUGAGCGCCCGGGGCGUGGCCCCUCAUUAGCAGCCGCCGCGCGCCCAGCUGCCACGCGCCGCGCAGCUCCGCGCGGAGCCCCCGUCUCCCGCCUCCGCCGUCGCCGCUUCAGCCGCAGCCGCUCGGGGAAGAUGCAGAAGGGCUGGAAGAAGUACUUCGGGCAGAAGUCCUUCAGCGAGGUGGCCAUGGACGAGUACCUGGGCAGCCUGGGGCUGUACCGCAAGAUGACGGCCAGGGACACCUCUUCACUUUUCCGAGCCGUUUCCGAGCAGGUGUUUUCAUCUCAAAUUUACCACGUGGAAGUCAGGAAAGCUUGUGUUUUGUUUAUGAGGCAACACCAGCACAAGUUUCAGUCUUAUGUGGAAGGAGCAUUUGAGAAAUACCUUGAGCGACUGGGAGAUCCAAAGGAAACUGCUGGCCAUCUGGAAAUGAAGGCUUUAUCAGUGAUGUACAAGCGAGACUUUAUUCUGUACCGGUACCCUGCAAAGCCACCCACUUAUGCUACAGACAAUGGGUUUGAAGACAAGAUUUUACUGUGUUGUUCCGGCAAUGGCCAUUAUGACUCUGUGUACACAAAACAAUUCCAGGAAAAUGCUGCUAUUUGCCAGGCUGUAUUAUAUGAGAUCCUAUACAAAGAUGUGUUUGGCAUGGAUGAGGAAGAAUUGAGGUCUGCAGUGGAGGUGUUUCGAAGUGGAUCCAAGAAGAACAGAAACAGUGGCUCUGUAGGAAAUGAGGAUUCAAACUUUGAUUGUCUUCAUGAAAAAGUAUCCAGAAAUCCAUCAGAAAAGAGAGUGGACGACUGGGAAGGCAAUGAUACUGACAAUCCACAGGAAGAUAAGUUCAAACAAGGCAUUGAAGAAGAAAAGCCUCCAGAAAAUCCAUCAAAGAUGCCUGUUCCUUAUAAAGUGCUAAAGGCACUGGACCCUGAGAUCUAUCGAAAUGUGGAGUUUGAUGUUUGGCUGGACAGCAGAAAAGAGCUUCAAAAAGCUGACUACAUGGUGUUUGCUGGGAGACAGUACUAUUUAGGAGACAAGUGUCAGGUACGUCUGGAGCCAGGAGGUAAGUACUACAAUGCUCACAUCCAGGAAGUUGGACAGGAUGGCAACACAUUGACUGUAUUCGUUGAGGAGCUGGCAGAAAAGCAUACAAUCCCUUUCACAAACUUAAAACCAGUGACACAGGUGGCGCCCGUCUUUGCUUGGAAUAUGGUUCCCAGCCGAAAAGGAGGAACCUAUCAGAAAAUAACAGGUGGAUACUUCUCAGGAAUAGAAAUGGAUAUGAAAACACGGAAGAGAAUGCUUAAGAAAGUUCGUGGAAAGGAAGUCUUUAUGACUGUGACUUAUAGUAGGGGUCAGCCAGUUCUUCCACCCCGGCUCCAGCACCAUGUUUCUUCGGGGCGCUCUCCUCCAGUUCACUGCUCACAGGGUGGUGGAAACAUGGUGCCUUAUGAACCCUACCAUCCUCAGAAUCCUCCUCAAAGACAUAACCGUGGAUUUGGGAUGCCAAGGGGAUCUGCCCGAUUUAUAAACAGGCACAACAUGGUUGGCCCUCAAAUAGCAUUCUACCCCAGUCCAGGAAAGAGAUGCUAUGAGAAUUUCUCCUGCAGGUCCUGCUCCUACAGCCGUAGCCGCCGCCAGCUGCAGUGUGUGAAUAAGGAGUGUCAGUAUGGGUUUGUCCCAGGGAAUGGAGAGGAGCCUCAGGGACCCGAAGAAACGAUAACUUUCUAUGAAAUUGAACGAGAAGACAGCGCUGCUUUUCCUGCUUUACCAAGCGAAGGUAGCCCUGCUCCUGUUGUUCAUGGUCGACCAGGAUUUUGGUUAGCAGGAAGAAGCCCAAGCUCUGCUCCACCUAACAAGCAGACCCUGAAUUCCUCAGAGGAGGAAGAGGAAACAACCGAAAAUGGGAAAUUUCAUGAGGAAUAUAUCUAUGCACCUCCAGAUCCUGACUGUGAAACUGCAGCAGUAUUUAGUUCAGCAGAAUCUACAGCAAACUUGGAUGAAGGGACUGUUUCUGCGUCGCCUCAGAAUGGAGUGGCUUCCUACAGCUAUCACCAGAAGGUGAUGGUGAACUCUGCAGCAAUCUCAACCUCCACAGGUGUUUAUACUGCUCCAGCUACAGGCUUCUCCUCCAGUUCUGCUGCCUCCACUCCAGCCAGUGCCACAACAGCAAUUCCCCCACAAACAGCAGUUCAGCCAGUCACAGUAUCUCCCCUUUCUGCAGGGAGGCCAGGUAGAGUGCGCACACUGCAGCUGUGGACUUGGGUGUCUUCUGGUUUUGGUUACAUCUUCACUCCCCAUUUUUUUUCCUACAUCUCAAAGACAAAUAUUAAAAGUCUUUUUUUAAAAAAAAAACACAUCACUUGCUUUGGCUUAAAAAGUUUCCUUCUGAUUGUAGCAGUUUCUUCGGUGCCGUUCCCAGUUUAUUCAGCUCCUCUUCCUCCAGUUAGUGAGGUGGGAGAAGCUGGUGCCAUUCUUCCACCUUAUUCUUGUGAUCCCAGUGGCAGUGAUCUGCCUCGAGAUACAAAGGUCUUGCGGUAUUAUUUUAAUCUGGGAUUGCAAUAUUACCAUCAGAGCUGUUGGCCUUCCAUGAUGUACAUACAGCCUGUGCUGCCACCAUCACCUGUAGAAGUUUAUCCAGCGUAUGCUGAGCCAGCUCCUGUCCUAGAUCAGUCAGUCCCUCAGCUCUACACGGAUGCUGGGCGACCUGAAUUCCACCAGGUUCCCUUAGAAGCACCUGCAAAUGGUAACUUUCAAAAUGCAGAGCCUCCACCCCUCUCCUAUGGGCCAGUAUAUUACCCCAUCGUGUCGGACCCCUUCAGUCAGCAGUCUCCUCCUGGGUUUGAUUCUUUAGUGCCUGCCUAUCGCUAUAUUAGUACCUGGCAUCCAGUAAAUCCACCAUAUGGAAAUGCUCCACAAAUCGCUAAUGUCGUAAAUUCUGGACCGCUGCACCAAGUCAGCUAUGUUGCCUCCCCUAACCCUUCACAUCAUGAUGUGUCUCCAGGAAUGUAAAUAUGGAAGCUAUACGAUCGCUUCUUGGCCUUGAUUCCUCUUGUGUUUUGUUUGUCAACUAUGUGUUAAUACUGUUUCAUAAAGGUUAACCUGUCUCAGUGAGCUGGGUCAGUUGAUUAAACUGCAUUCAAAUGACAUGUUUCUCUUUAAGAUUAUGCUAGCGAUGAUGUGGCAGGAUGUUGUUCUAGUCAGUUAUGUAGGAAAGCAUAAGAAAAGAGUAUACAUAGACUAUAGUGCAAGGAACACAGUUUGAAUUUGACUACGUAAAGGGUGUAAAAAUAUAUAUGCUAUAACUAAAGGAAUGUGGCAUCAUGUACCUCUGAGGGGUUGCACUAUAACACUUGGACGCAUGGUUCUUGUUGAAGCACUGAAAUAGGUUGUCAUUACAACUAUGGAUAAAAAUUGGGCACAGGGUCGUUAGAGGGUGAAAACUUUUGAAAUGGGUUGGAUUUUCGGAUGUCACAAAACAAAACCUCUUUGCCACUAGUGGUCACCUAUGUGUAAUGGCUGUAUUUCUUCUGUUCCUUUUCAUUCUGUGUAGUUUCGUGACUCUUGAAAGUGUAAGAAUACUGUUUUCAUCUGUUGUACAUUGCUGUAUGUUUGUGAGACUUGUUUUUUGAAAGCUGUUGCACAAAUGGUGGUAGUCUUGGUGUUUAAUUUGCACUGAUAGCACAAAAUAAAAGCA